AUGGAGGACUUGUUGCUCCGCUGGCCAGGACGCCUAGAAAGUAACAGAGCACAUCGCCGAGUGACGUCUGUCUGUUCACGCUGCCGACGGCGCAAGAUUAAAUGCGACUUCCAACUCCCUAGUUGCAGCGCCUGCAAGAAGGCUUCUGUCGAUUGUAAGGGAUACGAUGUCGGCCUGGAGCGUGAGGUACCCCGGAGCAUCGUGCGAUACCUCGAGGGUCGCAUGGCGGAGCUGGAGGUCGAGUUGGAUCAGUUGCGCAAGGACGUGCGUGUCCGAGCCAUGCCCAACGGUUCAUACGAGCAGGUCACACUGGCCACAACGCUUGCUGCAGCCAUGUUAGAAGUCGUGUCUCCGAACUUGUCUCAUUCGACAUCUUGGCCUAUUUUCUCGGCCUUUCACUUGAGUCCCUCCAGUCUCCCAAUGCCUCUGAAGGCACACUUCAGCAGCAGCGGGUGGCCAACCGAGGAGCAAUUGGGCGGGAAUCUCAAGAUACCAAAAGAACCUACACGUCCCACUAAGCUGAUGCGGUUGUCCGAAGUCCCACGGAACGCCGCCGAUGUGAUGAUCAAAACGUUCACCGAACAUCAUCUGCCUCAGUAUCCCUCCAUCUCCGAGACAACGCUGUCGGACAGCUACGAGGCUUGCUAUGGGUCGGCCGAGAAUGCAUCCUCGUUCGAAAGGUUCAUCACCUACAUGGCGCUCGCCAUCAGCGCAAAGACCUUGGCCUGGAAAUCCGAGAAAUUCGCCUUUUCGACCAGCCUCGCCUUCUGGAACCUGGCCAAGGAGGAAUUGAAGGAUCCAUCAUGCAACUAUACGCCUGUUACCAGAUUGCAGGUUACGCUGCUGUUGGCCCAUUACGCCUUGACGAACCCGUCCGCCGCUAACUUGUGGUAUUGCGUGGGUGACGCCGCUCGACUUUGCAUCCAGUUUGGGUACCAUCGAGAGCCGGCUCCGAAUGCGAACGUGGAUUUGGUGGAGCUGGAAAGCCGUCGAAGACUCUUCUGGACCACUUACGGCCUGGAAAGAGCACUGUCCUCCUACCUCCGAUUGCCUUUUCUAAUCAAUGAGGAUGUCAUAACCACCCAGUAUCCGUCAGUGCUGCCCGACUCGUGUAUUAGGCCAGAUGGUUUGUUCCCUGGACCUCAGAAGAAGGCGGCUGCCCUCCACAUGUGGCAGUACCGACGCCUGGAAAGCGAGGUCUUCCGCGUUCUCUUUUUGCAGGAGGACGUUUUCCCGUUGAUGACCCUGCAGGAAUGGAUGGACGACAUAUCGGUGCGGGUGACCAACUGGCACCGGAAAGCCACGACCGAUUUCGCGCCCGAGGACAAGAUUGAAUCGCGCGACGUUCAUCUCAAUUUUCUCAAGGGACGGCUACAUCGUCCGACUCCGCGCAACCCGUUCCCAUCGCAAGCUAGUCGCCUCCUAUACAUCGACACGGCACUACAGAUCUCUCAGGAUUUCCGUUCGCAGAAGCGCCAGGGACGACUAUACUACCCGUGGUUCGCAGUGCACAUCCUCUUCGAGAGCGCCGUGGUGAUGCUGGAUACGGCGUGGUCUUGCGCCGACUGGCUACCCUCCAAGCUCGACAUCGGCCCUGUUGUCAACGGCAUUCGCUCUUUCUCGUCCGUGUUGAUGGACACGGCGACGCUGUGGCCUGCUGCGGGCCACUGUGCCAAUGCGAUCGAAAAUUUGGCCAAGCCGGUGCUGGGCCGACUCGAGGCCACGGCGGCGGGGUUGGACCCAGGCCCGUCAGAUGAAGGCGUUGCAUCUUUACUUGCCGACUAUCUAUUCCCUGAUCCGGACCUGAAGCCUACCCUGGUGUCCAACGAUAUGACCCUCCCGCUCGCUUGGGAACAAGUGGACGAAGUGGAAGCGGACGUGGAUUUCGACUGGAGUGCGUACCAAGAUCUCCCAGGUCUCGUCGAUCCUUUCCCAUUUGACUUCCAAGAUAGCAAUGACUUCUAA